AUGAUAUCCGGCACGUCAGUCUUCUUCAUAUGCGUCUCAGUUCUCUGUUUCUGCCUGAAAACCCAUCCCGACCUUCGAGUGACAGAGCCGUACAACAUUCUGAAUUUCACGUUUAAUGAUACAGCCGUUGCGACCCUAUGGUAUGAUAAAGAGCAGCCACACGUCGCUUUCUUCUACAUAGAACUACUUUGCAACGUGUGGUUCACAAUUGAACUUCUUGUUAGAUCUGUGAAACCAAAAUUAUGUCCUCGACGACUGGCGUUCCACGAUAAAGCGUUCUUUAAGGAAGCCAGUAAAGACGAUUCCGAACUUAGGGCGUACCAUAUUUUCAAAUGCCAGCAACACAUCUGUGACUCUGGCUGGUGCCCAUAG